AUGGAUACCUUAAAUAGACCUGAAUCAUCAACACAUUAUCUUUAUAUUAUUAAUUUUAUAGAAGAAUCUAUAAAGAAAGAAAAUUUUAAAUAUAUUGCAUUUGGAAGAAAUAUAUAUACUUAUAAUAAUGAUAUGGAACCAAAUUUUAUAUUUGAAGUUGCGAAAAUUAAGUUAGAAUCCUAUUUGAAGAUGGUAAAACAAUAUAUGAAUGAACCUAUAUAUCAAAAUAAAGAUAUUGACAAUAAAAUUAAAAGAAUUGAAGAUUAUCUUAAUUCAAAAUAUACUUUACAAAGUGAUACUUAUAAAGAUAAAAGUAUAGAAGUGAAUGAAACUAAAACUUUAUGUAUAGAAGAUGAUAUUAGUAAAAAUCUUAAUGAGACAAAAGAAAUUUCUGUAGACAUUGAAUCAACUAUAAUUAGAAAUUAUGUUGAUUUAAAUAAUAAAUUAGAUCAACAAACUAUACCUAUAAAAGAUUUAAAUUCAAAUAAUAGUGUUGAAUAUAAUAAAGUAUUAUUAGAUAAUAAUUUAAUUAAUGAGAAACUUAAAGAAGAUCUUUUAGUAUUAGCUGAUGAAAUGAAGAAUUCAGCUCUUAAAUUUGGUAAAUUAAUGGAAAAAGAUAAAGAGGUUUUAUUAUCGAUAGAUAAUCAACAGAUUAUAAAUAUUGAACAGACUUCAAAAUCAAUAUAUGAGCUUAAAAAUUAUUCAAGAUAUUAUUUAUAUCAACUACUUGAAGAUAGUUCUCGCAUACGGAUUAUAUUCAUAAAGUGUCAAAGUAUACCAUGGCUAAAGGGUUAUCAAGGUUAUCAAAGGAAUAUUAAGUCAUCAUAUGAUUUUAUAAUUGUAGGAGCAGGUGCAUCAGGGUGUGCGUUAGCUAGAACAUUAGCUGAUGCAAAAUAUUCAGUUUUAUUAGUAGAGAGAGGUGGGACACGAGUAGAGGGAUCUAAAUUGAGCCUUUUAAUUGAUGGUGCAGGUAGAGUAAUAAGUGAUAAUAAAGUUAGUCAGUUAGUGAUUACAAAUGAUGGUAUUAGAACAAAUAUUGGAAUAGGUCUUGGAGGUGGGACAGCAAUAAAUAUGGGUAUUGUAAUAAAGGAGGAUCCCAAUUUUUUUAAUUUUUUAGAAGCUUAUUCAGGUGCAAAAUUAAAUAUGAGCUUAUUAGAAGAAAGUUAUGACUGGAUAAUUAAAAAUGUGAGUAAUAGAUCAGAUCAAUCAAUCCCAAUUGUUGAGCCUUUAAAAGAAGCCUUUGGAGAUAUAGGUUUUAUAACUGAUGAGAAUAAAGAUGUUGAUUUUAGUUUAAGUAAAAUAAAUGGUACAUGGAGAGCAUAUAAUAUAUUUAAUACAAGUGAUAAUAAUUUUAGAAUGGCUUCAGAUGUUUUAUUAGCCGAUAUACAAGCAGUGAAAGACAAUAGUAUUAUUGAGAAGAGUCCAGUUGAUAUUUUGACAAAUCAUAUUGUAACAAAGAUAGAACUUACGAAUGAGACAACUUCAAGAAAUACAAAUAAUUUUAGGUCAAAUCCAAUUUCUUUUCUACCAUAUCAAUUUCCAAAUUUGGAUGGUUUUAUAAAAAAUGAAAUACGUCAAGAUACUAAUAAUGUGAAUCAAACUUCUCUUGUUGCAACAUGUAUAUUAUUAAAUAAAGUAAAUAUAAAAAAUGGAUUUCCAGAUAUACUAGGUAAUUCUUCUAUAUCUAAUAUUUUUUCUACAGUAAAUAGCGUAAGUAACUGGGCCGAAUCACUUAUUCCUAGUCAAGAAUGGAAGUUUGGUGUUAAUAUAGCAUCUUCAGCUGAUAUAAUUGGUAAUGUAUUAGCAAAAAGAAUAUGUAUUAAUAAAGGUGGAAUGAUAAUUUUGUCUGCAGGUACAAUAUUUACACCUUUACUAUUGUAUCGUUCAGGUAUUGGUCCAAUAGAUAGGUUAAAACGUCUAAAUAUUUCUCCUAUUCUUAAUGUACCAAAUUUAGGGACAAAUAUGGUAGAUAGAUUAUUAUAUACUAUACCUAUUUUUAUAAGAAAAAAUAUAAAAUUAAAUCCAUUUAUAAAUCCACUAAUGACUAGUAUCUCUGAUGAUGUGAAGAGGGAUUGUGGGUAUAAUUGUGAUGUUAUUAAUAUAGAGUCUAUAGGUGGUGGUAAAAUUGUUGAAGGCACACUUUAUGCAACUAGAUUAAUAUUUCCACCAAGUUUACGUUCAAAUAUUGUGACAAAUUUUCUAAUGGAUUUAUUCAAAUCAUGUGCUAAUUUCGCUCCUAUUAGUUAUGCCAAUCCAGCAUGUAUAAUACUUGAAUAUCCCAUUCAAUGUUUAAGAAGAUCAGUAGCUAUUUUUUACUUUCAAGGUGAACCUAAGAGUCGUGCUACUAUUGAAGUUGAUAAUUAUGGCAAAGUUAGUUUGAGUGGUAAUUAUUUACACAAUAAUGAAGAUCAGCUGAAUGCUAUUAAAGGAAUCUCCUCUUUAAUAAAAAUGAUUAGGAGUGGAAAAUUUGAUAAUAUUGCUGAACCAGGGGGUUAUCAAUCAUGUCCAUUUGCAAUUCUUAAUGGAAUAUUGAAUAUCGUUGGAUCAAUGAGAAAUAAUCAAGAGGAUUAUGGUCAACCAAGAACUUCUGCAUUCUCAGAAGCCGUUGAAAAUAUAUUUUUUGCAUUGACAAGUUAUAGAUUAUCAAUAAUGCCUCAAACAUGUAUUAAUAAUAAUAAUUCAGAACAAUGUAAAUCAAGUGUUAAUUAUGAGAGAGUAGCAACAUUUCCUCCACUAUUACCUAGUCUUGAUGAUCCUCAGAAAAUACUUAGUUUUGCUCAAAAAAUUGGUACUAGUCUUUGGCAUUGGGCAGGAGCUGCACCUUUAGGAGAAAUAGUAGAAAAUGAUUCUUUUAUUUUAAGUGGUACUAAGAAUCUUGGUAUAGUAGAUGCAUCAUUAUUAAAGAUUUUACCACGUACUAAUCCUAUGAUAUUAAUAAUGGCUAUUGCAAGAUAUGCAGGAUUAUCAAUAUUGAAUAACAAGUCUAAAAAUAAAGAUUAA